AUGGAAUUCUUCCGGCAGGCCCGGUCUGUGGACCUAGUACAAUACCAGGACUUCCUGGAAUGGGCACUGAGUGGAGGUCAAGAGCCCUUGGUUCGUUCCUUCCCUGGCACAAUUUAUGAUGAAAACAGACCGAGGGGAGGUAACUUGGCUGGCAAAGAACAGGACAGCAAGAUUCGGGGAGCCAGUCUGCCUCCUUUUGGAAGGUACUGUGUGAAUGGAGACAGGAAGUUGAAACUCAGGAUCCUCCUGCUUUACGUGGGAGAUCCUUUCUCCGAAUUGCUGAUGGAUCAUUUCCAGGAGUUUGUGUCCCAGGGAGCAGCAGUAGGGGAAAGAAGGGUUUUCCCUAAGAAACUUUUCUUCCUUCUUCCUGAAGCAAAAUCAGAUUCAGAGCCCAGUACCUUGGACUCCCAGUCUUCGACCACCUUGUUCCUCUCCUCGGAGGAGCCAGGCCCCUCCACUGCCGCCCUGCCAUCUCCCUCCUCCUCUUCCUGUGAGCCCCAGGCCUUUUCCCCAGGUCCGCCAGUGCUGCCCCCGCUGUUGCCUCCGCUCCCCGCAGCCUCGGCGCCCCCAGGCCCCGGCGCCUCCCGGCGCACAGGCCGCUACUCGGUCGUCGCCUCCUCUCCGGAGGCCGCCCCGCGUCUGGUCGACUGGCUCCCCGGUUGCCCUUCGACCACCUCUCCCAGCACACGCGGGGAUGACAAGGAGCGGCCGCCGCCAGUCCUGGCACCGGCCGAGGGCCCGGAAAGGAGCCGCGCCCCGCGCCCCAGCACCGCGGGCAGGGAGGAGGGCACCGUGGACGCGGGUAUAUCCCCGCCGCCCCGAGCCCGGCCCGCCGCUGCGGCGAGCUUGGAGGCCCACGUCGGGGACAUCCUGGUGGAGCUGCGGACCAUGAACGGUCACCUGGACAUCAUAGCGCGGGCCCUCACCAAACUGGCUUCGUCCCUGGGGCCCCAGCCUGAGCCGCUGCCAGAUGCUCCGGAUGCCAACUAAUGGAGCUCGGCGAGGCUGGGCUGCCCCGGGGCCAAGGGAUCGCUUGCACCAGGCAUCCCUGCCUGUCCUUCCCCAGCAGCGAAGAGCGCCCGGCGGAGGAGCGGUUGCUCUGCGCAGCUGCCUAGCGGAACGCACUGCCCUAGCGUUUCAACGUGAAACAGACCCGUUUGCGCCUCGCACCCUCUUCCUCGGCUCUCUCACGGCGGCCCCUGCCCCGGCUUCCUGGCCCUUCACAUGCCCUUCUCUGGUCUUGAGCUCCUAGCAGAAAAAGUGCCUGGAGACGGCGGUGGCACCCUGCGAAGGAUGCUUAGAGAAACACUCUUUCACAUCCCAUUCCUGCGACUUCCGCGUGGUGUGGAGGGAGAGGAGCUCAAAGCAUGUCACCAAAGCAGCAGCGAGGCCAGCUUCAGCGUUGGUGGGGCAUCCAUCUCUGGUGACGUUCACAAGUUUGUUUGUUUUUAAAGUCGUUUUUGGAAAAAUUUUUUUUUUCUCAUAAACACAUUUCAAGAAGUUUGGAAAAUAGAGAAAUGAAACAAAAUCUGGUGUAUUUGGGGAAAAGGGGGGUAUUUAAGUCUUUCUUAUGAAUAAGAAAGUAUUUUGUGUAAUAAAAAAAAAUUUA